AUGGUGUUGUACAGGACCAAGGUUUUGAUGUUGUAUACCUGCUAUUUGAAGAUUGUGUCUCAACUUCCAACUCGAAUUCUCUGCAAAUUUCAUAACAGUACAGCAAGGUUAAAGAUCUGCAUUUCCAAUGCUUUGGGAUUGAUCUGCAGUUGUGACUGUGGAAAUCAGCUUGCACUUGCAAUGCAACAGAUUGAGGCAGCCGGUAGAGGUGUACUUGUAUAUUUACGCGGACAUGAAGGUAGGGGUAUUGGAUUGGGCCACAAGCUCCGUGCUUAUAACCUACAGGAUGAUGGGCGCGAUACCGUAAAAGCCAAUGAGGAGUUGGGAUUGCCUGUUGACUCUAGGGAGUAUGGCAUUGGUGCGCAGAUACUGAGGGAUCUAGGUGUUCAAUCUAUGAAGUUGAUGACUAACAAUCCAUCCAAAUAUAUUGGUCUCAAAGGUUAUGGUUUAACUAUUUCUGGUAGGAUCCCAUUGUUAACUCUUAUCACUUCGGAGAACAAGAGAUAUUUGGAGACAAAACGUGUGAAAAUGGGCCACAUCUAUGGCACGGAACAUAACAGUGGCAAUGUUAAAAUCGAUAGUGUUGAAGAUUCAAAUUUAAACGGAGUUACCAGCCUUUGA